UUGACGCGCCAUCUUUCAUGACAUUGGUUGAACCUGGGGGUGGGGUUCACCAUAAAGGUUCUGCUUCUGCUAUCCAGGUAACACAGAAUCCACAGCAGCAAAAAGUUCCAUCGUCAGAAGCUGGUUGGUUUCCAUCUCUUACAAAUGUUGUGAAUGAAUCACAAGGGAGAAAGAAGAAUGAAGAAAUUAUUGCCAAGGUCACAAACUGGAGUGCUGGAAAGCAACACACUCCAUUGAAGAACCUUUUGAGAGAGGCCAAUCUUAAAACCAAACCGAAGUCUCCAAACCUGAGGGAAAAUAAAACUCCUGUUGUUCAAAAAGAUGAAACGACGACAAAAGAUAAUGGUUCUUUAGCCCCAACAGUGAACUCAAUUCUGAGUUCUGGAGUACCCGCUACUGAGCCUGCAAAGAGGGAGAUUGGGAAGGACUAUAAUUCUCCUGCACGGUAUCCUGCAGAUAUUAAGAGAGAGAAGAGGAAAGCGAAGGGGAGGCCAUACUGGGUACAAUUUAUGUGUUGCUCAUCUGUAAAUUAGGAUAUGCUUACUGCCUCCGUCAUGUAAUGUGGGACAACAAAAUAUUCGUGGUGUGACCGUCCAGUGCACUACUUUUUUGUGCUGGUGAUCUCUGGUUACUGUUGCAUUAGCUGUAAUUUUGUACUUAACUAGGUUUCUGGUACAUAUAUUGGUAGUUUCUGUUUCUGGGAUUGGAAUUAUUGUAUGUGUGAGUUCUGUUAAGUACAUUGCUACAAUAUUAUGGUUCAUUGUUGUUCAUGUAAAGUUUAGUUUAGUUUGAUGAUGAACCUAAAUAAUGUAUUUAGGUAAUCCUUUCCCAUUUUAAAGUGCUGGGAAAGGGAAUACUUUGCAUAUUGGUUUUACCUUAUGGAACUGAGUGC